AUGGGUAAAAUCGCAAAAGAUCAGCGAGAUAUUUAUUAUCGCAUGGCGAAAGAACAAGGAUGGAGAGCAAGAAGUGCCUUUAAAUUGUUACAAAUUGAUGACGAAUUCAGGAUUCUGGACGGUGUUACAAAAGCUGUAGAUUUAUGUGCUGCUCCGGGAAGUUGGAGCCAGGUUCUCUCAAAACGAUUGAUUGAGAAUGGGAAAAACCCUGAAGACGUGAGAAUUGUGGCAGUUGAUCUACAGCCGAUGUCUCCGAUUGAUGGUGUUGUGCAAAUCCAGGGUGACAUUACCGAGAAUGAAACUGCAAAGAAGAUAAUUGAUGUUUUUGGCACUCGAGCCGAUUUAGUGGUUUGCGAUGGAGCACCUGAUGUAACUGGACUCCAUUCUCUGGAUGAAUACAUGCAGGCACAAUUACUUUUAUCAGCUCUAAACAUCACUACUCACAUCCUAAAGGAUGGUGGUUCGUUUGUGGCUAAGAUUUUCCGAGCUCGGAAUGCUACUCUGCUUUAUGCUCAACUAAAGAUAUUUUUUAAAGAAGUCUAUUGCGCUAAACCGAAGAGCAGCCGUCAAAGUAGUUGUGAGGCUUUUGUUGUUUGCCGCCAGUACUCUCCUCCAGAAGGUUACCAACCUACUCUGAGCAAAGCAAUGACUACCUCAGGCUACGACGAGGAAAUAAAUCAACUCACGGGAGUAAAUCGCGUCAUUGUCCCCUUCGUAGCUUGUGGUGAUUUAUGUGGUUUUGAUAGUGAUGGGUUCUACGAUUUGAAAGGACCAGAUAUUCCAUGUGGACCGUUGGGAUCGGAAUACGUUUUCCAUGAUGUUGUGCAACCGCCAACUGAACCGGCGUAUAAGGAGGCUGUGGCGUUGAAGAAAGCGAAUAAGCUGCCACAACCGGAAUCUAGCAUAAGAAAUUUCAUAAAAAGCCUGGAGAAAGUAAAUCCUUACCCUGUGGACAAGUCGGCUGGUGACAUUGGCUACGGAGACGAUCUGGUGGAUUCCAUAGCUGGAAUAUUGAUGCUCGAUGAUUCUUGA